AUGAUUCAGGCGGGCGUUCCGAAGCGGCUGGUCUUUGCAUUCGGCGCCGUCGUCGUCUUCCUUACCAUCCUCGUUCUCCGCCACAACUCCCCUCAUGAAGUUGCGAACGCGCGACGUCGGGCUUCCGCAAGUCUCUCAGCCUUGGAUGACAUCAACAACGCCACUCUUGGGUUUGAAAAAGUCUUUGUUGUUGGACUGCCCUCGAGGACCGACCGCAGAGAUGGGAUGGUGCUCCAAGCGGCCCUCAGCAACAUCGACAUUGACUUCAUCGACGGCGUCAAAGACUCUGAUAUCCCCGAAAAGGCCAUUCCCAAGGCACCCGAGAACGCACAUCAUAUCCGCGGGCCCGCCCUGGGCUCAUGGCGCGGCCACAUGAAUGCCAUUCAACAAAUCGUCCGCCAGAACCUUUCGUCGGCCCUGGUUCUCGAAGACGACGUCGACUGGGAUAUCCGCUUGAGAAGUCAGCUCCGCGACUUUGCUCUCUCAACCCAUGCCUUGGUACAGCCACUAUGGGCUGCUCCCGGCCACUUCGCCGAUGCCACGUUUCCGGGCCGAGCCGAGGGCGCUCCCUCUACCGCGCUCGAGCUGGACUAUGAGCAGCUUCCGCCGACGGUGCCCCCGACGACGUCCCCGUACGGCGAUGGCUGGGACGUCCUGUGGAUUGGCCACUGCGGCAUGCACUUUCCCUUUGAGGACGGCCUGGUGCCAAAAGGCCGCAUUAUUCACCGCGAAGAUGUCACUGUCCCCAAGCGCGAGCAUCUCUGGACCCUAAAUAUCCCCUUUACCCUAAAAGACAAAUACCCCGAACACACCCGCGCCGUCCACCACGUGCAAGAGGGCGUCUGUUCUCUCGGCUACGCCGUCAGUCGCGCCGGCGCCCGCAAGAUUCUACGGCACAUUGCUCUGCGCGAAGCAUCUGAUGCCUUUGAUAUCCUCCUCCGCUUCUUCUGCGAAGGGACCAGAGGCCGCCCACACCACAUCUGCGUCACGCUUCAGCCGGCCUUGUUCCACCACCACCGACCCGUCGGCCCCAACAAGGAGGCCAGCGAUAUUGGAAACCAUGGGGACGGCUUCCGGACGCAGGCAGGGACUGACAUGGUCCGCCUCAGCACUCGGCUUAAUGCGGAUAUCCUCUUAAGCGGCGGCACCACUUAUAUUGACCAGUUUCCAGAUUGA